GUUUCAUCUGUGGGAAGAAGAGAUAAUCUAAAUAAACUUACAGAAGCAGGAAUAAAUGCAUUCCCGAGUACUACAUUCGAAGUUACCGCCACUACCAAAGAAAUAAAAGAUAAUUUUAAAGAAGGUGAUACUACUUACCAAGAAGUCACGCUUGCGGGUAGAUUGAUGUCAAGACGUAUCAUGGGCAAAGCUUCAUUUGCUGAAUUGCAAGACUCCGAAGGUCGUAUUCAAAUAUAUAUUUCUAGAGACGACAUUUGCCCUGGAGAUGACAAAGUUCUAUAUAAUGAUGCAUUCAAAAAAUGGUUUGACCUUGGUGACUUUAUUGGGAUCAAAGGGUAUGCAUUCUAUACACAAGUAGGUGAAUGCUCAGUACAUGUUACGGAACUGACUCUCCUUUCAAAAUCGCUCAAACCACUUCCUGUUGUUAAAAAAGAUGAUGAAGGCAAUGUCUAUGAUGCAUUCACUGACCCUGAACAAAGAUAUAGACAAAGGUAUGUAGAUCUUGUCGUAAACUCGCAUGUAAAAGACGUAUUCGUUAAACGCAGCAAGAUGUACAAUUCUAUGCGCGAAUACUUAAACAAUAAAGGAUAUCUAGAAGUAGAGACGCCUAUUCUUCAGCCUCUAUACGUUGCCAUCGAUCUACACGGAACUACUGAAGUACAAGUCGGAGACAAUAUAAUCAACUUCCAAAGACCUUGGAAAAGAUAUACCAUGUAUGAAGCAAUUCAACAUUUCACAGGUAUUGAUAUCAGUGAUAUGGAUGAAGACCAACUUCGUAAAACAGCGCGCGAGCUUCACGUUCCCGUAGAUAAU